GAGCAGAGCGCUGCUAUUUAAAGUCAGUGCCUCGCUCUUCACCAAGGGGGCUCCUCAAGCAGCGGCUGCAGCAGCGAUCAAUUUAAAACCCUUGUGCAUGGCAGAGGCUGUAUCUGUGACUUUCUGCAAGAGGAGCAGGGUCAGCUCUUAGCUGAGCUUUCCAGGCUUGGAUAAGAAAUGGAUAAGGAUGAGAUUGACCUUCAGAGAAUCCCCCCAGAGGCACCUUGGGGGCCACACACUGACAGUGCAUUUCAUGGGGUGGAAUUUCUGCCAGAAGAUCUUGGUGAGGCUCUGAAUAAGACUGCAAUGAGAGUGAAUGAGAAAUAUUCCUCUCUACCUGCUGAGGAGAAGGGGAUUCAUAUUAUCAACAUCCGAGCUAUUGAAGACAUCGGAUACAUCCAGCGUGAAAGUACAUUAUUAAACUCGCUGUGUCAGGAUCCAGAUGCCAACUGCAAACAUGGACUCUAUUUUAGAGAUGGCAAGAGGAAAGUGGACUACAUCUUGGUUUACCAUUACAAGAAAUCCUCAGUCAGUAAGACGCUCACUAGACGAAUUCAUCACAAUGAUUCAAGUGCCCGAAGUAUCAAACAGGAUCAUCAGCUUCCUGGGAAGGGCGGGCACCUUGACGUGGGAGAAAGUGAGCUUCACAUGGACUAUCACGAAGAUGAUAAGAGAUUCCGCAGAGAGGAGUAUGAAGGCAACCUCAUGGAGGCUGGUCUGGAAUUGGAAAGAGAUGAAGAUACUAAAAUACAUGGGGUUGGAUUCGUAAAAAUACAUGCACCUUGGAAUGUUUUGUGCCGGGAGGCAGAAUUUCUGAAACUCAAGAUGCCCACAAAAAAGGUGUAUCAGAUAAAUCAAGCCCAUGGUCUUUUGAAAAAAAUUAAUUCUGUAAUUCAAAAAAUAACAGACCCUAUCCAGCCAAAAGUAGCAGAACACAAACCAGAGACAGUGAAACGCCUCUCUUACCCCUUCUCCCGGGAGAAACAACACUUAUUUGAUUUGUCUGACAAAGAGUCCUUUUUUGACAGCAAAACUAGAAGCACGAUAGUUUAUGAAAUAUUGAAAAGAACAACAUGUACCAAAGCCAAGUAUAGCAUGGGGACAGGAGAGGGAAGAAAGACGGAAACUACCCUUUUAAAUAAAAGAUGGAAAUGUGGUAAAUAUGGAAUCACCAGUCUGCUUGCCAAUGGAGUUUACAGUGCUGCAUAUCCUUUGCAUGAUGGUGACUACGAAGGUGAAAAUGUUGAGCUCAAUGACAGAAAACUCCUGUGUGAGGAAUGGGCAAGCUAUGGAGUCUUUUAUAAAUACCAGCCAAUUGACCUGGUGAGAAAAUACUUUGGAGAGAAGAUUGGACUGUAUUUUGCCUGGCUGGGAGUUUAUACUCAAAUGCUCAUUCCUGCUUCCAUUGUAGGGGUUAUUGUGUUUCUGUAUGGCUGUGCAACCGUGGAUGAGAAUAUACCAAGUAUGGAGAUGUGUGAUGAGAGAAACAAUAUCACCAUGUGUCCUCUAUGUGACAAUACAUGCAGUUACUGGAAAAUGAGCUCUUCCUGUGCCACUGCUCGAGCGAGUCACCUGUUUGACAAUCCAGCAACUGUCUUCUUCUCUGUCUUUAUGGCUCUGUGGGCUGCCACUUUUAUGGAACACUGGAAGAGAAAACAGAUGCGUCUCAACUAUAGAUGGGAUUUGACUGGGUUUGAAGAAGAAGAGGAGGCAGUCAAGGCUCAUCCCAGAGCAGAAUAUGAAGCUAAAGUAUUAGAAAAAUCACUGAGGAAAGAAUACAUACAUAAAAAGAAGCGUCGACAUUUGCCAGAAGAGACAGGAAACAAAUGGAGACAGAGAGUUAAGACAGUCAUGGCUGGGGUGAAAUUGACUGAUAAAGAGAAACUGACAUGGAAAGAUCGUUUUCCAGCAUAUUUUACCAAUUUUGUUGGCAUUAUCUUCAUGAUUGGACUGACAUUUGCUAUCGUGUUUGGAGUCAUUAUAUACAGAAUCUCCACUGCAGCAGCCUUAGCCCUCAGCUCAACUCCCUCUGGCCGGUCUAGUGUUAGAGUAACAGUCACUGCAACUGCAGUUAUUAUUAAUCUGGUGGUGAUCAUCAUUCUGGAUGAAGUUUAUGGUUGCAUAGCCAGGUGGCUAACUCAGAUUGAGGUCCCAAAAACAGACAAGAGUUUUGAAGAGCGGCUGAUAUUCAAGGCCUUCCUUCUGAAAUUUGUCAAUGCCUACACUCCCAUUUUCUAUGUUGCUUUCUUCAAAGGCCGAUUUGUUGGACGUCCAGGAGACUAUGUCUACAUUUUUCAUUCUUUCCGAAUGGAAGAGUGUGCCCCUGGUGGUUGCUUAAUGGAAUUGUGUAUCCAGCUUAGUAUUAUCAUGUUGGGCAAACAGCUGAUUCAGAAUAAUCUCUUUGAGAUUGGUAUCCCAAAAAUGAAGAAAUUAAUAAGAUACAUCAAAUUAAAGCGACGACGCUCUUUAGAUCAUGAGGAGCAUCUGAAAAAAAAACAACGCUAUGAAGUGGACUAUAACUUGGAGCCUUUUGCUGGACUUACUCCAGAAUACAUGGAAAUGAUUAUCCAGUUUGGAUUUGUAACCUUGUUUGUUGCAUCCUUCCCGCUGGCUCCUUUGUUUGCGUUGUUGAACAACAUCAUUGAGAUACGUCUAGAUGCAAAGAAAUUUGUCACUGAGCUUAGAAGACCAGUUGCAGUCAGAGCAAAAGAUAUAGGAAUCUGGUAUAAUAUCCUCAGAGGUGUAGGAAAACUUGCUGUAAUAAUAAAUGCAUUUGUGAUCUCAUUCACAUCUGACUUCAUUCCACGCCUCGUGUACCUGUAUAUGUACAGUGAGAAUGGCACCAUGCAUGGCUUCGUGAACCAUACGCUAUCCUCUUUUAAUGUCAGCGAUUUUCAAGGAGGAACAGCUCCAAAUGAACCAAUGGAACUUGGCUACGUGGUUCAGAUAUGCAGAUACAAAGAUUACCGAGAACCCCCAUGGUCUGAAAACAAAUAUGAAAUUUCAAAGGACUUCUGGGCUGUCCUAGCAGCAAGAUUAGCAUUUGUGAUAGUUUUUCAGAACUUGGUCAUGUUUAUGAGUGACUUUGUGGACUGGAUUAUCCCAGACAUUCCCAAGGACAUUAGUCAGCAGAUUCAUAAAGAGAAAGUUCUCAUGGUGGAGGUGUUCAUGAAAGAAGAACAGGGAAAGCUGCAAAUGCUAGAAACCUGGAAAGACAAGGACAUGAAAAAAGGUGAAAACUGUAACAACCACAGCCCCAAGCUCUCAAGGAGCCAAAGCGGGAGCAUGUCCUCUUGCCAUUCAUAUCACAUUGAUGUAUAGAAGAGGAGGGUAUUUUUGUUUUGUUCAGGCAUUCCAUUGAUAAACAAGCCAUCACUUAAAGGGCAAGACUUGAUUUAUGGACAACCAGGUGAAUGUUUAAGUAUGUGCAACCAUUUUGCUCCCAUCUUUGUGAGAAGUGCACUUCUUACAAAUAUGGAAGGCCACAUUCUAUUGCGGAUAGGAAUUUUAAGUAAUGCAGGGAAUUUUUAUAUUUCAUAGUUAGAUAACACUAUGAAUGUUAGUGUGUGUUAACAAAAUGCUGGUACUUAGAAAUGUUCUCUGAGAAUCUGACUUUAGCUUAUUAAGAAAUAACCAAAGUAAAUUUCAAAUCAUAAUUUUAAAUCUUUUUAGCAGUCCAUUCCUGAAAGGCUUCGGGCAGAUCUACAAAAUAUAUGCAAAGUCAAUUUUACAAUGUGCUCUAGCAUUUCAUAUAACAGGAGAAAGGAAACAAUAUAAACCUUAUAAGGCAUCUUCAGUUUCAAAAGAUGCAGGUCAGCUCCCCUGCCAGACAUAAUCUGGAUUUGAACCUGCAGAUCCUAGGCAAACAAAAUUCCCAUUGCAGUCACUAGGCUAUAUACACUGAAGCUGGUGCAGGGUAAAUUACCCAUUGGGAGAUUCACCCCAUCGACAGGGAUGGGGGGAGGAGGGGAGAGAGAAUAGCUUUUUAUUUUUAUUUUUUUAUUUUUUUUUUUUAAAAAGCUGGGACUCCAUAGGGACCCUGCUAGCAGUCUGCUGUGCACUAGAGUCUUCCAUUUGGGCACUUCCCCACUCAGAAAAAUGAGAAGAUGAAGUCAGCGCAGAACACGUUAACCUUAACCCCAACUCUGUGCGCCACUGACAGCUCUUCACUGACCCAAAAAGCUCAUCAGGUGAACGAUUCAUGUUGAUGCCCAGGUGCUCCAGUGCCCUAGACAGUAUUGUGGUCUUGUUAUAGUCUACUAAGGGUUCUGAAGCAGUAGCAGCACAGCAGCAGCACAAUUUCAUAGGAUUUCCCAGCAGCCAGAGCACUGUGGAACAUUUUUAAAAGUGUCCUGAAUUAAUGAGCACAUGUAUAGCUACAGUAGUUUACACUGCCCCACCUAAUAUCCAGGCACCAUCAUUGCUGAAAGGGUACAUUGAAUCCACCUUUCCUCACCAGCUCCUUCUCUAUCGCUCACUCUCCUUUGCAAUGAAGAGGAGGUCACAAUGUCACAGCCACUUUGCUUGGCUACAGUCUCCCCAGCAUGGCAGACUUUCUGAUACUAAUAACAUCUACCACAGACUAUGCCAGGAAGAGUAAGGGUAGAUUCUGUGUGAAUAUGAUCUUAUUGUCUUUAAUGGAAGUUUUGCCUACUUUGGAACUACAGGAUCAGAACUUCAAUUACAGGACUUUUAUUUUGUCUUAAAAAAAAUUAUAUAU